UGGUCGUAGCUACGCCAGUGCAACGGGUUAUGGAAGCAAAGUUGCGGCCGGUUGAGAUUUGAAAAAAUGCUAUAACGUCGCGCGCGUCGAACAAGCGGCCGGUCGCUCGCUCGCGCGCCACACGCGUGUGUUUCACUUUUCCGCGAACGUAGCGCGAACAGGGGGGCUCGCGAUCGAUCCAUGGUCGGGGGAAAGCGGACUAUAAAGUCGGUGGCAUCUUGGGGGGAAGUAUCCAGUAAAGUCUGGACUUCGCCCAGAUAUCGGAGUGCCUGUAAGACAUGAAAUUUUUGAUUCCUACGAUAUUGUUUGGCCUACUGGCCACAGCGGUGUGCGAGAAGGAAACCACGAAGAACGUGGCAGCUCAAGAAUCUAACGUAGAAAAGAAGCAAGAGAAACGAGGACUCAGUCAUCUCGAGGGAGGCAUCGAAGGCGGUGAUUACGGCGGAGGUCAUGAGAUCGCUCUGUCGGGAGGCCAUGGCGGUGGAUACGAAGGAGGUGACUAUGGUGGUGGCUACGGCGGUGGUUCUGGUGGAGGCUAUGACGAAGGUGGCAAAGUAAAGGAAGUCACGAUCGUAAAGAGCGUGAAGGUACCCUAUCCGGUCGAGAAGAAGGUCCACUAUCCAGUAGAGAAAGAAAUACCAUACCCAGUCAAGGUCCCCGUGCCACAACCGUACCCAGUGGAAAAGAAGAUUCCGGUACCAGUAAAGGUUUUGGUCAAAGUACCAGUCCAUAUUCCACAACCCUAUCCCGUGGAGAAGAAGAUACCGUAUCCUGUCCAAAUACCCGUAGAAAGGCCAGUACCGUACAAAGUUUACGUGCCACAACCGUAUCCAGUGGAGAAGAAUGUACCUUACCCCGUGAAGGUACCUGUACCACAGCCGUACCCCGUCGAGAAGCCCGUACCAUACCCCGUGAAAGUCGUGGAACACGUUCCCCAGCCAUUCCCUGUUGACAAACCUGUACCGUACCCUGUGAAUAUACCUAUUGACCGACCUUAUCCCGUUCACAUCUCGAAACCGUACCCAGUUCCGGUUGAGAAGCCGGUACCAGUGCCUGUCGAGAAGGCUGUACCUUAUCCAGUCAAGGUACCCGUAGAGAGACCAGUCGGAGUUCCCGUAGAAAAGCCAGUACCUGUCGAAGUUAAGGUACCCAUACCAGCGCCAUACCCAGUGGAGAAACAUGUGCCGGUUCCUGUUGAAAAGCCUGUACCCUACGCGGUUAAAGUACCAGUCGAACGACCAGUAGCAGUUCAAGUUACGAAGCCAGUACCAGUGCCUGUCGCCAAACCUGUGCCCUAUCCAGUUAAGGUACCUGUACCUGUGUCGGUGCACAGCCACGGAGGAGGUUAUGAGUCUGGAGGUUACGAAUCUGGAGGUUACGAAUCUGGAGGUUAUGAAUCUGGUGGUGGCUAUGAGUCUAGUUAUGGAGGGCAUUAGAAGAAUUAAGAUCGAAAGGUCGCCAUUGAUACCUGGUAAUAUCGGCUCGACCGCCAAAAUUGUCGCGUCGCCUUGAUUUCCCCCUUUUGGAAAUUCCUUAGAAUUCAUUUUCGACGCGACGAGGGGAUAUUUAUUUUAAUUAUUUCUCAAAAAAUAAUGAUUUUCGCUGGGUUGAAGAACGAUUUAUAGAAAGAAUGAGUUGCGAAGUGGACGCUAGUUUUUGGGAGAAAGCGUUCUUCAGCCAGUGAUUCAUUCUAUUUAGAUCCUAGUGUUUUGAUAUCCUUUGAUACCUGAGUACCUAAGAAUACACAAAUUGUACAUGUACGAUGUAUUGUAUAAAGAUUCACGCGGCGUCCGUCGGCAGAGUGACUGAUUUGAGCUCAGCUCGUCGGACGCCCAUAUACCAUGUCUUUCGCUUCUUUCUAAUAAAACCAAAGAACAAAAAUUGAAUUUCUUUCUAUUGGUUGCUUCGUCUCCUAACCAAACCUUCAAAAUACCAUAAAAGUUAAACAAAUUCUAUGAGAAUCCGUUUCAAAAUUUCUCAAACAUUCGCCAAAAAGUAAUUCUGAAUUGAAUCAAGGCCGUUAAUUACAUUUUUAUUCGGCGGUUUCGUAACUGCCUUUUCCUUCUUAAGGAGAGCGUCCAACUCGGAAAAUGCGAUAGCAUCACCGAAUCGACUUUCGCGAUGCGCGGUAACGCAACGUUACGUCCGUAACAAAUGGUUCCUGGAAAAGUUGGAAAGUAACCGGUCGGUGGGCAAGAACGAUUGCUCGCGAAUGCGUUAACACGGA